AUGCGUUAUAUAUUAUCUAUACACGAAGAAAAAACAAAGUACAGACGUACCGAUUACUUAGGAACCAAUGAUAUUGGGAGCCUCGUUACUGAUCUGGGGGACCUACAAGAGCCACCAGAAGAAGAGAUUGUAUUUGAGCCUGAAACGCCUCAAGUAGCCAAAGUCACUCAAUCUGGGCAAACGUAUGCGCAAGUUGCAAUGUCAGGGCUGAACCUUUCUCAAGUUCCAAAGAAACCAAGAGAAUGGCCUUCAAGCAGGAGUGGCAGUUCUGCCAAUAAGAACAAGAAUCAAGUUGCGACAAGACACAAGCAUUGA